AUGGCACCCAUCGCGAUCGAUCCAGUCGAGAUUCCGGCGGAGAUCCGCUUUCCCACCAAGACUGUGGCCCCACCAGCAACUGUGAAGCUGCCUCUCAUCAACAAUGGCUCUUUGAACAACCUGGAGCAAUUCGAUGUCACUCCAGUGAUUGGUACCGAGUUCCCAGAGGCGAACUUGGUCGACAUGCUCAAUGCUCCCAACGCUGACGAGCUCUUGACCGAGCUUGCUCUGACCAUCUCCCAGCGUGGCGUGGUCUUCUUCCGCAAGCAGGACAACCUUACCAACGAGCUCCAGAAGCAGCUUAUCACCCGUCUGGGUGAGCUCUCUGGCAAGCCAGAAUCUUCCGGCCUCCACGUCCACCCUGUCUUCUCGGCCGAUGGCAACCACAGUGGUCAGGCAGACAAGGAGAUCAGCACCAUCAGCUCUCGUACGGCGAAAGAUCUGUUCAGUCAGUCUGAUCGCCAGGACGUCUGCGCGAAGAAGCAGAGCAGCUUCCAGUGGCAUACGGAUAUUGCGUUUGAGAAGGUCCCUGCGAGCUACAGCAGCUUGCGACUCACAGAGUUGCCAAAGUCUGGUGGUGAUACCCUCUGGGCAUCCGGCUACGAACUUUACGACCGUCUCUCUCCAGCAAUGCAGCAGUUCUUCGAGGGCAAGACUUGUACCUACGCAGUUCCCGGUUACAACCGUGCCGCCGAAAGAGGAAAUUUUUCUCUCUACUCGAAGCCUCGUGGCUCUCCUUUGAACGUCGGCACUGAGCUCCGUGCCACCCACCCCGUAGUGCGCACCAAUCCCAUCACAGGCUGGAAAUCGCUCUUUGCCUUGGACUGCCAACAAAUCAACGGCCUGACAAAGGGCGAGAGCAAUCUCUUCUGCGACUGGUUGAAGAAACUGAUCGUCGACAACCACGACUUGCAAGUCCGUCUCCGAUGGAAGAACCCCAAUGACAUCGCAAUCUGGGACAACCGAAGCACCUUCCACAACGCCACCUACGACUACUUCGGUCUCGGAGACAGGUUCGGAAACCGUGCCGUCGGACUCGCAGAAGUUCCAUACUACGACCCAAACAGCAAGAGCCGAUGGGAAUCCUUGGAGGGAUCUAACAUUGGCAAGUACCUCCAUAUGGAGUCUAUCACGGAGUAGACGCAAAGGCAAAAAGAGUGUCGGGG